GAGGCUUCUGGCACGACGACAACCGAUGGCAAGUCCCUGGAUGAGGCGCCGGUGGCCGCAGGACUGGAGCCCACACAGCCGAUCGGCUUCCUGCAGCUCUUCCGCUUCUCCACCUGCGGGGAGAUCGCGUGGCUCUUCUUUGGGUUCCUCAUGUGCUGCGUCAAGGCGUUGACCCUGCCCGCAGUGGUCAUCAUUUACAGCGAGUUCACAGCACCCUCUCCGCUGCCACGAACAUCACCACGCUGUCGUUUCCCUUCACGAUGGCCAACAGCAGCGGCGGCGGGUACACCAUUCCCACGGGGACCCUGAGCAUCCUUCCCAUCGCGGCGAACGCCCAGCUGCCGAACAUCACGACAACGGCCAGUGGCUACGAGCCCAAUGACGUCAUCACCCCGAUCCCCGUCUCGCUCUCCAUUCAGCGCUUCCCCUCGUCCCUGUCCAUCGUGGACCUGGCCCAGGAGCAGGACGGCUACAGCAACAGUGGCUCCAGCAACGGCAUGACCGUGGGGCCGGGUGCGGGCGGCGGCGGCGGCAUCACCACCACAACCCUCCUGUCCGUGAAGCCCCUGAACAGCAGCGGCAACGGCAACAUUUCGCGGAACAACAGCUUCAGUCUGAGCUUCAACCUGCAGGACCCCACAGUGCGCUCCUCGAGCGGCGCCACGGCAACGGCAACGGCCACGAGUGCUACCUCAACCCUCGCCAAACACAGUCCCGAGGCCAAGACAGGAGAGGUCUAUGUCUGA